AUGCUUCCUGCGCUGCCUGAGAAAGACAAUGGCGUCCCAAAGAAGCAGGUCAACGCGCAGACCGACGGCUUGGAGCUGUGCAAGCAAGCUGUGGCGCUGCUGGUGGGGGACAUCCGAGCAGAGAUUCAGCAGGCUGUGGGCCUGCUGAAGGGCGAGGCGCAUAAUGCCACCGCUAUGCGGAACCCCAUCGCAGCCAAGCUGCUGCUGGUGGCAGAUAGCUUGCAGCAUGCCGAGAAAGAUGCGCUCGGCAAGCUGCGGGAGCUGUUGACCCACUCGAAUUGGGAGUUGGGACAGCGGCUUGAUCAACAGAUGCAGGUCAAUGCCGCCCUGGGAGACCACAUGCACUCCUCAAGGGAGUUGACAAUAGAUGUGGUGACUCGCAUUGAGCAAUCAAUGAAGCGCUUAGAAGCCAACAUGGGAAGAGAGACCACGGAGUUGCGAUCGGAGAUGUCCAAAGUCAAGGAGGUGGUCUUCGGCCUCUCCUCGCAAGUGGACCGGGAAUCGCAGACAGUUCAGAGGCAAAACUUGCAGCAGACGACGGGGCUGGAAAGCCGGCUCAUGCAGCAGCUGGGGCUUGUGCGCUCAGACUUCGAAGAACAAGUCAGGACGUCCUCUAGCCAGGUCGUCACGGCGAUGAGGCAGCUUGAAGAUCAGGCGAGCCAAUGCAACGAGGGGAUCUCCUCAAUUAUCACAACGGAGAACUAUUUGAAAUCAAUCGCGGAGAAGAUAAAGUCAGAAAUCUUCCGAAUGCAGCAGCAGGAUGACAAGCAUUACGUAGACCUUGGCCACACAUUGGAUGCCAAGAUUGCCAAUCAGGACGAGCACAUUCUGAGCCUCGUGAGUCAGACGGAGUUUUGCGGCUCCCUGCCUCAGGAUGUUUCUCGCUUGAGGAAGAAGGUCGGCGAAGACAUCAGAAUCGUCCUUUCAGAGAUCGCCAGAGUGCAGAAAGCGCUGCAGGUGGACUAUUUGCCUCCAUCCUCGACAGCAACGAGGCUAAGGUCGACGACCCGCAAGUUAAGCGACGCCUCGCGAAUGCCCAGAGAUGAAGACGAUUCCCAGACUUUCAGAAGACCGCCAUCGGCUGUUGCCGUGACCUUUGUUGAACAAGGCACAGGGUCCGCUGGGUCCGCGGCUCUAGGUCAUGUGCGGUCAGAGGGUGGGCAUGGGCCAGAAAUGUCACGAACUGAAACCGGCGGGCAUCGAAAGCAUCAUCGCUUGAGCCGACCAAAGGACCUCUCCAGAGGAGCAACACAGCGCCUUUCCGUCUCUGAUGAGCCAUCGAGCCCCCGGGAGAUCCGGGAGCCUGACAGCCCAGAAGAGCCGCUUGCAGCUGACGCCUUGUUUGUGGAGAAGCGGUACAGGGACAUCGCAGUGCAGAUGGACACAUCCUUUAAAGACUGCAGCGUCCAGACAGACGCUUCAUGGAAUGAUUUGGCCGCUGAGAAAGCGAAAAGAGACAAAAAAAAGAAGAAGGCAGCCGCCAGCAAAGAGGAGUCUGUGAAGCAACACACUGCCCGAGCUGCGAACCUGACCCCUAUGGACAAGCUGAAGGAAAAGGCGACGGCCGCAGCUAUGAAGAAGCAGUACAACGUGAUGGACUUCUACAAGGACGAGGGCUGCGCGCAGAGGAUUGCGAGGCAUCCUUUUUUCGACAAUCUCACGAUUAUGAUCGUCAUCCUGAAUUCCAUUUGGCUUGGAGUAGAUGCUGACCUGAACAAAGAGGCACUUCUUUGGAAUGCACAUCCAGUGUUCAUAGUCGGAGAGAACUUCUUUUGCUUGUACUUCACGGUGGAGAUCAUCAUUCGUUUCAUUGCCUUCCAACGCAAGAUUAACGCAUUCAAGAACUUUUGGUUCAGCUUUGACUUGUUCUUAGCACUUCUCAUCAUCGUGGAAACCUGGAUCACACCGACACUGCUGCUCUUGGCCGGCGGUUCGGCUGCCUUGCCCGAGAACACUGGGCUGCUGCGCCUGAUCCGCUUGGCCAGGCUUGUGCGGCUGACACGGCUGACCCGCCUCCUCCGAUCAUUUCCCGAGCUCAUGAUCAUCGUGAAAGGUCUCGCCUUCGCCGCACGCUCGGUCUGUGUUUUCUCAUUGCUGUGGGCGAUCAUCACGUAUGCCUUUGCCAUUCUCUUCCGACAAUUGACAGAGGGCUCAGCGAUCGGAACCUCCUUCUUCAGCUCGGUGCCAGAGUCCAUCAACACGCUGCUCCUACCUGCAGUGUUUGGAGCCAAUGCGGAGGUGAUCAACUCGAUUACUGCCGGCAAUCCUGGGCUGUGGCCGCUGAUGGUAUUCUUUAUGGCUUUGGUGUCAGUCACCAUUAUGUACAUGCUUCUUGGUGUUUUGGUGGACGUCAUUGGAGCAGUUGCCUCAACAGAGAAGCAGAAAAUCGAGAUCUCCUACAUUGUGGGCCAGCUGCGAGAUGAGCUAGACAAGAUGGCCAUCGUCCCAGAGGACCUUACGCUCAACCAGGCUGACUUUCAGAAGCUUGUGCUGGAGCCGGGCAUUGUGCGGGUCAUGGCAGAUGCGGGUGUAAACGUCGAUGUACUCGCAGAGAUGCUGGAUUUAGUCUGGGAGGAUGCUGCCAAGACGACAAACACGAUGACAUGGUCGGACUUAGUGAACAUGGUCCUCAACAUGCGUGGCUCAAACCCCGCGACUGUAAAGGAUUGCAAAGAGCAAAUCCGAGUGACCAACUCGCUCAUCAAGCGCUGCUUUGGGGAACUCUUCGACGAGCUUGAUGAGGCUUUGCUGCACGAAUCGCAGGGGAGAUCCGAGAGAGCGCAGCAACAUGACCUGGGGCCUUGCUUUAUUACCAAUUGCAUUGCAGGUAGUAGUAAGCAUUCAACAAAUGGGUGUAGGCAGGCUUUCAACUUCUGA